AUGCUCUCUGCGGUGCCCCCUGAGGCAUGCAGCCCCUGCCCCCGGGGCCCCUCUGGUGCGCCUCCGCCCCUGCUGCCCAAGCCGGGCAAGGAGAACCCCCUGCUACAGAAGCUGCUGAAAAAAGCGGCCAGGAAGGCGACCAACGGAGGGGUGCUGGCCCCGCCUGGAGUCUUCCGGGCGUCCCUGUCCCCCGUGAGUGAAGCAAGCCAUGACCCAGAGGUGGCUGCCCCACGCCUGCACACCCCGCACCCCAACACCCCGGGCCCUUUCACCCGGUACCUGCCCAAGGGCUCCCAGUGGAUGGCCGCCCCGCCCCGCCCUCCGCACACGCCUGUCGUCCACCACGUGGCGUCACCUCUGCAGAAGGCCGGCGUGACCCUCAGCCGCCCCUGGAGCCACAGCCUGGCUGCCCACUGCAGAGCCACUGGGCCAGAUGGGCUUGGCAGUGGGGACACUCACGGCAGCCAGGUUCCGAUCCGACUGGCCCCGCGCACACCCUCUGGGACCCCCGAGCCCCCCAGGACCAACAGAGAGGCAACCCCACGUGCCCAGACCCUGAUCCCUGUGGCUCACAUCCGUCCACUUCCCACCUCGCCCCAGGUCUCCAGCCCCCCGGUCGAGGAGGCCCCUGUGCCCAGGCCUGUGCCUGGCUUCCAGGCCCCUACACCCAGAGAGAUGAGCACGCGGGUUGUGGUGACCAUAGCGCCCAACUGUCACUCCCCAGGGCCCCCAGUUCCAGGCCUGGCCCUCCAAGUCCCAGUGACCCAGCCCCUGGAGGGACCAGGUCAAGCAGCCGGCCUAGGGGACCAGGUCAAGCCGGCCUUCAGUCCCCACAGGGCCCCUUCCCCAGCCCCACUGCCGGGUCCCCAUCCCUGCGAAGCACCCCGGGUGGCCCCCCGGCUCAGCGGCUGGAUGCGUCUCAAGCAACAGCUGGUGGUGCCCGCCAAUGAGCCUCCUGCCCCUGGCCCUGGGGCCACACAACAGCAGGAAUGGGCUACCCCUGAGGGCCCGGUGCACCGGCCACCUGCCUCCCGAGUCACCGGCAUGUGGGACGCGGUACUAUACCGCCUGUCCGUGGCCGAAUCCCAGCACCGCAAGGCUGGACCCAGUGAGGGGCCACGCUCCCUGGCCAGCCUGUCUCGACUGCCCUUCUUAUGUCGGCCCCGCUUCAACGCCCGUAAGCUGCAGGAGGCGGCCUCUCAGCCCCCAGCCUUUGCCCUCCCUGUGCUGGAGCUGAGCCCCCGGCCCAAGAACUUCAACCGGACUGCGGCUGGCUGGCACCUCUAG